AUGUCAGAAGACUCGGAUAAGGAAGACUUUUCAGACAGAUCAGCCACUGACGAGGAUGAAUCAGAUGAGGAUUCUUAUAUGAAAUUUGUGAGUGAAGAUAUACAUCCAUGUGCAGUUUUGGCAGCUGACAGUAUCAGUGACCCAUUUUUCCCCCGAACUACACAGAUAGUAUUGGAAUAUCAGCUGGGGAGAUGGGUGCCACGUCUUCGAGAACCCCGAGAUUUAUAUGGUGUAUCUUCUUCUGGUCCUCUGAGCCCAACACGGUGGCCAUACCACUGUGAGGUCAUUGAUGAAAAGGUCCAACAUAUAGAAUGGACUCCUUCUCGUCCUGAGCCAGUGUACGUUCCCACUGGCCUAGAGAUAGAACCCCUCUAUCUGAAUUCCAAGGAAGAUACAGUUGUUUAUCUAGCUGAAGACGUCUACAAAGAACCAUGUUUUGUAUAUUCCCGAGUGGGAGGUAACCGAACAUCCCUGAAGCAGCCUGUGGAUAACUGUGACGACACUUUGAUAUUUGAAGCAAGGUUUGAGAGUGGGAAUCUACAGAAGGUAGUCAAAGUGGCAGAUUAUGAGUACCAGUUGACUGUGCGCCCUGAUCUCUUCACAAAUAAGCACACCCAGUGGUACUAUUUCCAAGUGACGAAUACCCAAGCAGGAAAACCCUACAGAUUCACUAUCAUAAAUUUCACCAAGCCUGCUAGCCUUUAUAACCGGGGUAUGCGCCCACUGUUUUAUUCUGAGAAAGAAGCCACAGCUCAUAACAUAGGCUGGCAGCGAACGGGAGACCAAAUCAAGUAUUACAGAAGCAACCCAGGCCAAGAUGGGCGCCACUAUUUCUCGCUCACGUGGACAUUCCAGUUUCCACACAACAAAGAUACCUGCUAUUUUGCUCACUGUUACCCGUACACUUACACUAACCUGCAAGAAUACCUUUCCAACAUCAAUAAUGACCCAGUACGCUCAAAGUUCUGUAACAUACGUGUCUUGUGCCACACAAUUGCUAGGAACAUGGUGUAUGUUUUAACGAUUACUACCCCCUUGAAGAACUCUGACUUAAGAAAGCGGAAGGCCGUGAUUUUGACUGCCAGGGUCCAUCCAGGAGAAACCAACAGCUCUUGGAUCAUGAAAGGCUUCUUAGAUUACAUACUAGGAGACUCAAGUGAUGCACAGCUGCUUCGGGAUACAUUCAUCUUCAAGGUGGUACCCAUGCUGAAUCCAGACGGUGUGAUAGUGGGAAAUUACCGGUGUUCACUGGCUGGACGGGAUUUAAACCGUAACUAUACGUCUCUCCUGAAGGAGUCAUACCCUUCUGUUUGGUACACCCGGAACAUGAUCCGUAGAUUAAUGGAGAAACGAGAGGUUAUUUUAUAUUGUGACCUUCACGGGCACAGUAGGAAAGAGAAUAUCUUCAUGUAUGGCUGUGAUGGCAGUGAUCGAUGCAAAGCAUUGUAUUUACAACAGCGAAUCUUCCCAUUUAUGCUGAGCAAAAAUUGUCCAGAUAAAUUCUCAUUCUCAGCUUGCAAGUUUAAUAUCCAGAAGAGUAAGGAGGGAACAGGAAGGGUGGUGAUGUGGAGAAUGGGGAUCAGAAACAGCUUUACCAUGGAGGCUACUUUUUGUGGAUCUACUCUGGGUAAUAAACGAGGCACUCAUUUCAACACAAAAGACCUGGAAUCAAUGGGAUAUCAUUUUUGUGAUUCUCUCUUGGAUUAUUGUGAUCCUGAUCGAGCUAAGUAUUAUCAGUGCCUAAAAGAAUUGGAAGAAAUGGAGAAACAUAUAAACUUGGAAAAAGUCUUAGAUGAUUCAGAUACUUCUCUGAAGGAAAUUACCUUGGAUCUAGAAUCUAGUAGCCACGGCUCUGACAGCUCAGAAUCCAAUGGCUCUCCAGCUUACCUUCUCAAGCUAGCCUCCCAGAUAAAAAGUAACAAAAAACAUCUGAAAACCAAAAAGGAAAGAAAUUCUUCCUUGAUAAGAAGUCAAAAUGUCAGAGAAGACCAGGAGGCCUAUGAAAAAGGAAAUGUAGCACAGAAAGACAAAGAAUCGAAUUCUGAUGUGAAAGCUCCCAAAAUAUGAGUCUGAGGCUCAGCAAAGAUCAGCAAAAACUGUUUUUUAAAACGGGUGAAACGUCAAGCCAGGAAACGGUUCAACACAGGAGCACUGAACUCUAUAGAAGCUGUUUCAAAG